AUGGCUGUAGCAAGCGAAACGACGCCGCUGCUGGCGCGCGAGCAGCCGCAGGAGCCGGCGCAGGCCAAACAGAGCAAAUGGGUGGAGGCCCGGAUUUUAUUGAUGGGGUUCAUCAUGAGUCUGUCGCUGUCGUUCACCCAGGUGCCAAUGCUCUACGCCUUUCGCCUCAUGACGUGCGAUGAGUUUUACAAAACGCAUGAAGUGCCUCCGCCCGGCCAUGACCGCUGCGCAGUCCACGAAAUCGAGGCCGAAACCGCUCGCCAGGUCACGCUCGUCGGCACAUCGACCACCAUCGUUGGCGUCAUGAACUUGUUGCUCACCGGAUACAUCAUCAAGAAGCUCGGCCCCCGGUUCGCAAUGGUGCAGCAAACGUUCUUCCCAGUCAUCCGAUUGAUGUGCCAAAACAUCGGAGUCAUGGUCGGCGCCAAGAACGGCAUCAUCAUCAUCCAGACCACUCAACUUAUCUGCCUUUUCGGCGGCCCUGCUGGGUACAUGCUCGUCCUUAACACCUUUAUCUCCGAAGUCGUGACACCCUCGCAACGCACUGCCGUGUUUGGCAAACUCCAAGGCAUCAUCAUGUUCGGCACCGCCCUGGGCUACCUCCUCGGCGGCGUAUCCGGCGACGUCUUCGGCAUCCAAGCGCCGUGGGAAAUCGCGCUCUGCUCCAUGGCCUUCGCCACGCUCUACGCCUACCUCUUCCUCCCCUACGUGCCCCCACCCAAGGCCGACGUCGUCUCCGAGAAGCGGCAAGGCCUGUCGCGCUUCCUCGGGCCGGCCAAGAUGCUCGCGCCGCAGCGCUGGCGCCUGCCCGACGGGCGCGUCACCCGUCAGUUCGGCGUGCCCCUGCUCUUCGCCGGCAUCUUCACGGGCGUGCUGGCGACGGGCUACAUCCCGACGCUGAUCCAGAUGUUCUCGACGAUCAAGUUCGGCUUCGGGACGAAGGAGAACGGCGUGCUGAUGUCGUAUUAUUGUGUGAUCCGCGGCACGUUCUUGACGUUCGCGUUCCCGCACAUCAUCGACCAUGGACGCAAGUGGUUCGCGACGUCCACCUUCUUCAACCCUGCCGCCGCCCGCUCCCCCGCCGCCGCGGAAGCCGCCGCCGUCCCGGCCGCAGCAGCAGCACUCCAGCCGCCCCCGACGUCCCGCCGCGCGCGCCGCGUCUCCGCCGCCGAGGACAUGGAAGCCGCCGUCUCGCUCGGGCUGGAAGACGCGUCCGAGCCCUCCGCCGCCGCGCUCGAUCCCGCCCCUAUCUCUGGACCAGCGGACGGCCAGGCGUCGACGGGCCACGAGAACAGCGCGUUCGACCUGUUUUUCCUGAAAUGGAGCCUCGUCGCGGACGGGCUGCUGACGGGGCUGGCGACGUUCUGCAGCGCGUCGUGGCACGUGUUUGCCGUCGCGACGCUGCUGCCGCUGGCGUCGGGCAGCGCGUCGGCGGCGAAGAGCGUGAUGAUUGAGAUGUGUCCGGCGGGGCAGAAGGCGGAUGCGUUGGGCGCGAUAAGUUUGGUGGAGAUGGUGGCGGCGUUGUCGACGUUGAGUGUCUUCGGCCUCGUCUUCUCCGAGCUCGCGGAGGUCGGCAAGCCAAACUUGGUUUUCCUGUGCAAUGCGGCUGUGGCUGUGUUUGCGUCCAUCAUGCUGAUUGGCUGCCGCUUCCCUCCUGAAGGUAGCGAGAGGGUGCAUGGGGAUGACGAUGAUAACGACGAUAGCGAGAGCGACUCUGGUAAUUCCGAAGGAAGCUCGCAGGGUGUGGUGCGUGUGGUGGAGAGGGUGCCUGCGAACGGUAAGUAG